AAGUUAUCCAUCAUCUGCGAAAGUCGCACGCUCGCGAAGUAAGCUCAAGUGAAAAGCUGAUAAAAAUCGUAAAUUUCCCUUCCAAAUCGAUUGGAAGUAGUGAAUUUCUCCGGUCAAGAAUCACUUCUAUCCGAGUUCGCGACGCAGUAGAAGACAAACAUAAAAUAGAAUGGCACGUUACCGCGAGUGGGACCUUCAGUGCAAAGUCUACGUCGGCAAUUUGGGAUCGUCCGCUUCGAAGCAUGAAAUCGAAAGCGCCUUCGGAAAGUACGGCCCCCUGAGGAACGUCUGGGUGGCCCGCAACCCGCCGGGUUUCGCCUUUGUCGAGUUCGAGGACAAGCGCGAUGCCGAAGAUGCGGUGCGAUCGCUUGAUGGAACGAGAGUUUGUGGAACCAGAAUUCGAGUGGAGAUGUCCUCCGGGCGUACGCGGCGUGAUGACCGCAGACGGCCUGCCCGUCGAUCGUACAGGGCAAGAUCUUCUAUGAAACUCUGCGUCAGCAACUUCCGCCACAGAACUUCAUCUAACCAACCUUCUACUAGUAGUUCUACUGUCAAGACUAGCGCAAGCAUCAAAUCCACCACCAAAACCACCACCACCACAGCCAUCACCACAACCAACCAAAUCACCACCACCACCACCAUCACCACCAAAGAAACCUCUUCAGCCUCUUCGAUUUCUUCUAGACUUGUUCGCUCUCUCGUCGCGCAAGCUCUUCAAGUAGUCUCCCAUCUACCAACCGUACAACUACCUCAACCGCAACCACCACCAUCACUUCUACUACUACUACUACUGCUAGUGCUACUACCGCUACUACCACCACCACUACUACUACUACUGCAAUCGCCAACGUCAGCACUUCAACAGCUGCUGCAUCGUUCGACGACAUCGCUGAACCUGCUGCUGCUGCUGCUGCUGCCGCUGAAAUCAAGCAUCUCCACUUGCUCUCAACCGCAGCAACAACAACAACAACGAAUUUUGUUGAAAUUUGUCCUUCCGACCUGAAGGGAAGGAGGGACCAAUCCCCUUUCCAGGCGGGAAUGAACUUUGCUUGAAGCACAGAACAAGCAAUCAACAUGCUGCACACACUGCAGCAUGAUAGUGUGCGUGAAGCGAAGUAGAUCCAACGGUUGAUAUCUUCGCACCAUCCAGCGCACAUCGAUCUUCCCCAUAUCUUCGGGGUGCCAUCGACGAUCUUCCGGGUUUCUUCUCCCCAACUGCCGACCACCAUCUCUCCGUCCGAAACGAGCGCUACCACCUACAACUCUACUACAGCUACUCAUCUCAUCAGCCUUCCGAAUUGCUCUUCCUACUACGACACCAUCGCGACAACCCUUCUACUACUACUACCACCACCAACCACCAGCCACCACCUACUACUGCUUCUAGAAUCGAAAUGCAUAGUGCGCCAAAACAAAACAAAAAACUGAAAAAAAGAACCGCUAACUGCAACCGACCGCGCGUCCUUUUCUUCGCCAUAACCACAUCAACAUGUGUGCAAUGUUAGCCUAGAAACAGAGCUGUAGAUACAAAAAAAAAAAACAAUAGAAAUCCGUCGACCGCCUCAUCGAUCGUCAGGCAUCGUCCCCGGUAGGCGCUCUUCGUCAGUUACCACCACAACCACCACCACCAAAAUAUAAAUCAACACCACCAAUCAACAUCCUAGCUUUUUUCAAAAGAGUUAUGCCACAGGCUGUCCAUUUCCUUGGAAAAGAUCCCGUUCGCCACGCCGUUCCCGAACACGCUCCCGCAGCAUGAGCCGUGAACGCGACCGUGACCGUCGCAGCCGCAGUGGAUCCCGUGAUCGCCGUUAGACUCUAAAAUAACAAAA